CGUCGCGUGCGUCGGACGUUUAAUCCGUUUGCUCUUCGGCCUUGCAGUCACAUAAACAACCGGCAUUGUGUUCUGGGAUUGUGUGCAGUGGACCUGCGAAUGAACAAGUGAUGUUGGCACGUUCUUUACAGAACUAGAGCGCGAUGAAGCUGUGCUGGCUCGUGCUGACGGUGGCGGCGGCGGUCGUCGCCGACGAGGCAGCCGACCCUGAAGGCUUGCUGGAACCCAUCGCUGAGGCGGCCGGGGACUCCGAGUAUUCCGUGUACGUCGGCCGGUGGACCGAGUGCGGCCCCUCGGCCAGCGACCACGUCAGAGCCGUGGAAAGAUACAAUCUCAGACCAGAGUCGGACUCGCUAGUGCACACGCCCCGGCUUGGGCUGCAAAGGCGACAUGUGCAGUGCCGCCAUAAGGAUGGGCGAUUCGUCGAGAGCAUGUACUGCGGCUCAGCGUUGGCCAGCAUCGGCAUACUCCGCGUGUGCGUUAUCAAGGAGGACUGCUCGCUGGGCGAGUGGCUGCCGUGGCGGCCGCGCUCCGACGGCGCUCUUGUGCGCACGCGCCGCUUGAGGAAGCUACCGCAAGGUGGCGGUAAAGAAUGUGACGUGGUGGAGGAAGUGAAGCCAGCCGCUCUAGAAGCGAGCGCGCACUGGACCCCCGGCCCGUGGGGUCCUUGCCGAGUGGCCAUAGAACAACCGGCUGCUGUAUUACCCGCCGCUACCGACGAUGACAACGACGACGCGGAUGACAAUGAUGCGAUUUACGACGAGGAUGACAACGAGGCGGAUGAGGAUGACAAGGAGGCGCCGGAGGCCAACUGCGGUGGAGGCGUGCAGAGAAGAGAGGCGACCUGCGUCAGAGCUGACGGACGAGCCUUGCACCCGGCGCAGUGUGCUCACGCGCCGAUGCCUACGCUAGUGCAACCUUGUGAGGUACCCUGCCCCCGAGACUGUGAAGUUGGCGAGUGGAGCGAAUGGGGAGCAUGUCAACCUACGGAUGGAUGUCCUCUAUUCCCUGUCCAGCAAUUGACAACUACUGGCUACAGCGUACGCCGCAGACGCGUGAUAUCCGCAGCUUCUGGUGGUGGGGCACCCUGUCCUCCUCUGGAGGAGAAGCGGACGUGCACCACCCCUCGCUGCGCGGCGUGGAAGGCCUUGCCCUGGGGACCCUGUGUGCUCAACCAGCCGCAUUCUACCUGCGGGCCUGGCAAGCGCAGCAGGGAGCUAAGAUGCGUGGGACAUGACGGGAAAGAAGCACAACGCGCCUGGUGCAGCGGCAGCGGCGCGCCAGCUCGUAGCGAGCGUUGCCGUAUUGCAUGCGCAGGCGACUGUGUGGUAUCGUCAUGGGGUGCUUGGGCACCGUGUAGCGCUGCCUGUGCCGCGCCCGCGCAUCCACGCCCCACCCGCACUAGGAGGCGGCACAUCUUGGCACACGCUUCACCUGAUGGCUGGCCGUGCCCACCCGAAGACCAGCUCGUCCAGAACGAAUCCUGCAACACUCACGCCUGCGCCACAUACUCCUGGCUCGCCACUCCUUGGGGCCCUUGUGAGCGAAGGAGGCAGGAUUACAUGCCUAUCACUAACUAUACUGAUUUGGCCGACGGUGAAACAUUCAACGAAAACGACGAUGAGGAACCGUGUGUGGAAGAAGGCGAGAUGACCAGAGACGUGAUGUGCGUCCAGAACAACGCGGAUGUUGUACGCGAGGCAUUAUGUGCCCCACUCCACCGGCCAGCGUCUCGGCGCGCGUGCACCGUGCGAUGCCGGCGCGGCUGCCGCGUGGAGUCCUGGAUGCCGUGGUCACCCUGCCCUAAUACCUGUGACCCUGGAAAGCAAGUCCGCGUGCGAACAGUGCACGGAGGUCCCAACUGUGGGCCACGGCAAGAGACUCGUGACUGCCCCGUGGCGCGCUCGUGCCGGCCUCGUGACGCGGCCUGGGUCGCCGGCGAGUGGACCACGUGCCGACUACCACCCGGACAGCGCUGCGGGACUGGCUACAGGGUGCGAAGUCUGUGGUGCGGCUCUGACUCGCACCGCGUGGAGGCAGGCGCGUGCGCAGGCCAGCUGGUGCCGCAGAGCGUGGCGGCGUGCCAGGUGUCUUGCGACCUGUUCGUGCCUCUCACCUGUGACGUGGUCUGCAGCGAUCCUUUGAAGUACUUGGACGCUUCUGACCCCGACAUUCCCAACUGCGUCUGCAAAAACGUCUCUCUUGAACUUUUGCCUGCCGAUUCGGAUUGCAUUUUACCCCCUGGAUUGGAAUGCGGAGAAGGAAGAAUUUUGAGAGCGGCGCGGUGCAUGAUUGAUAAUCGCGAUGUACCCAUAGACAUCUGCAAGAAGUUCCACCCACUUACUGGACAAAGCCGAGUCCGCGAAGCGUCCACAGAUGGCUACACGUACGAUGAGGAGUUUGGUUCCCUUCUCCGGGGCGCGUGUACAGUGAGAUGCGCGCGGGACUGCGCCGCAGGUCCUUGGGGAGAAUGGGGACCGUGCGCUUCUGAACCUGGGUCAAGGGCUGCAUUCCGGUUCAGGACUAGGGAAGUGGUAGAGGAAGGUUCUGGCGGCGGGCGGGAGUGCGGUGCCACAUUGCAACGUGCCACGUGUGAGGUGGGCGCAGCGAGAUGGGCACUGGGCGAGUGGUCCGUGUGCGCCCCACGCCGGGCUUUAUGUGGAAGAUCUGUUAUCAACCGGACUGUUAUAUGCGUGGACGCGGACGGCAACUGGCUGUCGGAGGCGGAGUGCGAGGCGGGCGCGGGCCCGGCGCCGGCGCGCGACGCCGCUUGCCGCGCGCCCUGCCCCGCCGACUGCGUCGUCAGCGCCUGGUCCGAGUGGAGCCCCUGCGAGCAGACAAAAUGGGGAGGUCGCCGCGAUCGUACGCGGGUGGUGCUUCGCCCGGCUGCGGACGGCGGCGCAGCGUGCCCGCACCUGGUGGCUGCGGAACCCUGCGCGCCCCACGCAUACUCCUGGCACGUCGCGCCUUGGGACGACUGCCAGCCGCUAGGUGGAUCGCCGUGCGGUGAAGGAACUAAGAAGAGAGCUGUUCGCUGCCUCAGAAGUGAUGGAGUUUUCGUCAACGAUUCAUAUUGCCCUAAUACAACAGCGUCUGAAGCAAGAGAGUCAUGGUGCUACGUGCCGUGCGGUGUAGACUGUGAACUCGGCUCGUGGGGACCUUGGGACACUUCGGCCUGCUCCUGUGGAGAUACAUCGGCUACCAUGCAUAUGCGACGAACAAGGCAACACCUGACGGCGGCUGUCUGGCCAGGACGCGCGUGCCCGCCCACAGAGCAGCGCGCGCCGUGUCCCCGGGAGCCCUGCCUACGCCUGGUGGCUCGGCCAUCCUUGGGUUGCCAUGUUCAGAAGUCGACCGGCGACGAAGCGGACGGUACUUGCGGGUGGGGCGUGCGUGUGUCACGCGCGCGUUGCGAGGUGGCGGGCGACGCGAGCGCCGCGCUGCAGCCCUGGCGCUGCGCCCCCGCUCUACCCGGCCGUAUUGUUGCACCACCUAUGCACUAUCAGGAGGAAGAGAUCUGCGAAGUAGAGUGCGGGUGCAAGGAAUCCGAGAGUGGGACCCCGGGCCCCUGGGGCGCGUGGGGCCCGUGCCGCGCCGGGGCGCGCUCGCGCACGCGACAGCUGCUGGUACCAGCCCGUCGCGCUUGCAAGACUCCUUCAAGAUACGUAACGAUCGAAUGGGCCAACUGCACCGGAGAGGCAGAUGAGAUUCCCGACCUUUUAGCCAUCGAGCCGCGCAACGACAAGCCGCGCCGCGCCUGGCUCGAGAAGGAUGUCUACCACGAUGGCUACAUUGAGGGCAGCAGCUCAUUGUUGGCAGUGGUGUGGACCGCGACCAUUGUGCUGAGCUUCUACGGAGCAUUCAUGCUUUAUCGCGGAUUUAUACGAUGCCUCCGAAGCAGGAAAAUGAAGACCAUUACGAAAGUGUAAGCUGCUAGAAGCGACAAUGCGUGGUAACCUUCUUGCAAGACUCGUCCGCUGUCGUCAGCGACCGGGGUCUAACUGCUUCGUCGUCUAUUUUACUCUCUAGCAUAGAGAUAAUAGCCGCUGGACAAGAAAAUCAAUUGAAACAUGUAACUAUUCUUGAAUAUUAACUUCUAGCGGUUACUAAGUCUAUGCCCUCUAGUCUCCAAUCGUCACGGUUGAGUUUGUCGUUAGUCAAUUGUUGAUUUUUAUCCAUUUCUAUUGGGAACCAAAGAGUUAUUAUUAAGUGAUGUUACUUAGUUUGGGUAUUUAUUAUUACAACAAUUAAGUUUUGGCGUAAUGUCGGUUGCUACUUAAAUCCCUACCCUAAUUGUCCCCUUUUCAUAAAAUAAUUAUUAAUCAAUAGGUAUUUGUUUACCCACUAUAAAGUAAUAAUUUCUUACUCCUAUCCCAACUUUACGUCUAAGCUCUGAAAUGCUUGGCGCUAUUGUAAGCUAAAUAGUACUUAGAUUUAAAACAACAGUACACACACAUGAUUUGAGUCUUGUUCCUGACAUUUAGAAUGGGACAUUUUUGUUAGCGAUCUGUUAUGGGGGUGGAAAAGUUAGGAUAGUCGGCAAUCAAGUCACUUUUGGCGUGUUGCUGUAGAAUAAGAUUGUUUUAUCCCCCGUUAGGGGAACAUAAUCCAAGUGUUAGGAAUGUGCUUCUGUUAGAUGCCCAUAGCGGAUUGAACCACGGGGUGAAUCAUUCAUCUCAGUGUAAUAUUAAAAAAUAUCGACAGAUAUUGUAAGAUAGUGGUUUUAACAUUUUUACAGCAAACAGUCUGUCCGCAGGAGUGCUUCCAUGUUUUUAUAUUAAUAAAGCAUAUUUAGACGGUUUUUAUAACAUAUCUGGGCAGUCGGCGGGCUUUUGGAAUGAUGUUGGGUGUGCUCGGCACUGAGACUAGACCAAUCGUUUACUUUUUCAUUAAAAAAUACGAAAAAAGGCGAAUUAUAUUAUGAACUUUUACGGUGUUAAAGAAUACGAACAUUGGGUGGUUCAAUGAGUGGAUUAUUGUCAUGGACUGAGUCAGAGCACAGCCGUCCAUUUUAAUUGAACAUCUGCCUGAAGUCAAACUAUUAACUACAUAACUAAACUUCUAAAAUGAAAACUCUAACAAUGAUUUUAGGGAACGGUCAAGAGCUAGACAUAGCGAUUCGUCAGCUGUAAUUUCUUAAAUGUGUUACAAACAGUUUUCAAAGUAUAUUUUGAAGAAAGCAAAAAACUAUUUUUCUAAUUUUACGUGUUCACACUAUUUUGAUAAGACUUUUAGUUUCAGGGAGUGUUCGCACAAUGCAACUGUUUAUGGACGUUUAUGUAUUCGUUAGUCAUUAGUUGGCUAUUUAAUUAGCAUAUUUUACAAUUAUUUUACAUGAUUUAGGAACGGCUAAGGAAAGAACUGCCAACAUUGAGUCUUGCAGAGCUGCGCUCUGGCGACCAAGUAAGACGUGACACAUCAUGCCACAUAUCAAACUUAAAUAUUUAAACAAAUCUCGUAAUCUCAAA